UCUCAGCCUUGCCUCUCCAGCGUCACGGAGCUGCAGAGCCCAUCGCGACGAGAGGAGGAGAGACGGAGCGAGAAAGAGAAAGCAACAUCGCCGCCCAUUGCCGUCAAGCAUCUUCAGCGACCAGCACCCAGAGCCGGGGUGGGAGAGCACAAGAAGUCCGCUCAGACUGCUCCACUGUGUCCGCAGCUGCCCUCCUCCCUUCGCCUGUUGUUUCCCCCUCAAAAUGUCGGUGGGAAGUGACUUCGGAAACCCCCUAAGAAAAUUCAAGCUGGUCUUUCUCGGGGAGCAGAGCGUUGGAAAGACGUCUCUGAUCACAAGGUUCAUGUAUGACAGCUUUGACAACACGUAUCAGGCGACAAUUGGAAUUGACUUUCUGUCUAAAACGAUGUACCUGGAAGAUCGAACGCGUUGUCUCUCUGAACCCCAGGUGAGGUUGCAACUCUGGGACACAGCAGGACAAGAGCGCUUCAGGAGCCUCAUCCCCAGUUAUAUACGGGACUCCACCGUGGCCGUGGUGGUCUACGACAUUACGAAUGUCAAUUCAUUCCAGCAGACGUCAAAAUGGAUUGACGAUGUGAGGACGGAGAGAGGAAGUGAUGUCAUCAUCAUGCUUGUUGGCAAUAAAACAGACUUGGCAGACAAGAGACAAAUUACAAUUGAGGAAGGGGAACAGAGGGCUAAAGAACUGAGUGUCAUGUUCAUCGAGACCAGCGCCAAAACUGGUUAUAACGUCAAACAGCUGUUUCGACGCGUGGCUGCGGCUCUGCCGGGGAUGGAAAGCAUGCAAGAAAUGAGCAAAGAAGGGAUGAUCGACAUCAAGUUGGACAAACCGCAGGAGCCGCAGACCACCGAGAGCGGCUGCUCCUGUUAAUGCCCACCGCCCGCCCGCCCACUGGUCAUCCACACGUCACACGCUUGUUAUGUUGCUUCCUGUUGGUUUAACCUGCUGUUGACUUUGCACGUUGACAUCUUGGUUUCCUCACCCAACUCAUUGGUUGGAGUUAGCAAUAUGUGGAAAAACUGCCAAAAAAAACAAAACAUAAAAACAAGAAGCUCGUUAAAGGAAACAACUAACAGAACAAAUUUCUUUUGUAUGUAGGGAAAGCUUCGUUUGUUUCUUUUUUCAGGAAAACCCCUCUGGAAAGGUGUUUUUGUUUUUUUAUGUGUGAAGGAUACAAAGAAGACUUCAGUUAAACUCUGGCAGCCAAUCACAGCGUUCCUGCCUGCAGCCCAGCUGCUGUCGUACAUCUGUGUUUCUGACGCCGCGGGGCUAACUCAGCUAAUGCAUGCCUACUUGUACAGCAUAGGUACGGUCUACUUGUGUACACCUGUUAGAUAAACAUGUCAUUGGUAAUAUUACACAAGUGGUUUGAUGCAUUGUCCAGUUUUUUUUAAAUGGAUUUGUAUUCAGAGCACCGUUUUGUGUGUGUGAACUUGUGCUUUGUGUACAGACGACGUUCCACUGAGGGCCACUGCCACUUCGCUGCAUCCUCACAUCGCACCUCUGUUUUUUUGUUUUGUUUUCAGAGUUUGGCGUAAACUUUGUACAGCUGCUUGUGYGAUAAAUGGUGUGUUUAAUAAGCUGCACAUACAGCUGGAAGUGAGUCAGAACCCUGGCUUUAUGUCCCACAGAAACACACUUCCCUGAUUGACCUGCUGACUAAUCAUACAGACCUCUGAAGGGCGGAUCCACACGCUUUGAAGUGGUGUUCUGAGGAGUUAAUAUCUUACCUGCUGUGGAUAGAUGCUUGAACAACCGUUAGUCUAAACUGCAGGGGAUCACUCCAGUAUUAAAACACCAAUGUUUCAUAUUUCACAGCUUAUUUAUGCAGUUGCAUCGUUCGUUAUCUACAGCAGGUUAGAUGUUAACUGUUCAUAGCAUCUGCACAAAAUACCACUUCAGAAUGUCUGAAAUGCCUCUUUAACCUGUUUCAUCCUGACUAAAGACUAAUUUGCACAUGUAUUUAGAGCUUUCAGGUUGGUAUGAAGUUGAGAGACGCUUCAUUAUUAUUAUUGUAUAAUAAUUCAAAGACACGUCUGAUUGUUAAAGAUUUGUUGCGUAACUCGUUUCCACUUUGUUUGUACAUUUUUAUUUGUUUGCUCGRGUUUGAACUGACUCUUAAUGCUGGAACUUUGCUUUUUGUUCCCCCCCUUCAGAGUUUGGGAAGGUUUUGCAGGUGCGGUCAGUCGGCGUUAAGAACACUACUUUUUGAUUUGUUUYCGGUGAGAAAUCUUUACUGCACUUUUCAAGAGCGUGUUCUAGAUUUAGAGCGACGGUGUGAGUAAAACAAAGUGUGGAGUGUUAGAGUAGAAACUGUAGGAAAUGAUGACGCGUGAGGAGCACGCUGGUAAAAAACAAACAAACUGCUUCUAACUUAAAGAGCCAAAUAAUGAACAGAGACAGGGUCAGGUUUGGUUCCUCUGACAUGUGGAGGAAAUAUAAAAACAAAAGCUGCGCUGCUCUGUUGUCCCAGAACCAGAACAUCCUGCUCUCCUCACACAUCCUGCACGGAGGAAACGUUGAGGCGUGUUUUAACCCACCUGCUGGCCCAUUUUAACACUCCAUCAAAAUGGACCAAGUGAUGCUGAAAGCUGUUGGAGGGUGGGGUCGGAGGGUCUGAGCCGGCCCCAGUGUGUGUGUGUGUGUGUGUGUGUGUGUGUGUGUGUGUGUGUGUGUGUGUUUACAGUCACCUCUCGGAGCAGCAGACCUGGUUCAUUCACUCUGUACAGAGCUCUAGCAUGUCUCUUCAAAUGAUUAAUAAAGAUGUCUUAUUACCAAAA